UUGGAACCAGUCAUUUCACGGGACAUCGAUUUCUACGGGAUAGCAUUGUCGCCAAAGCCCAAAACUGCAAAAGCCAAACAGCUAUGUCGCUCGUGAUCGGUCCUGAUUUCCAACAUAUCCUUCGUAUCCUCAACACGAACGUUGACGGUCGCCGCAAGUCGUGGGUCGCCUUGACGUCGGUGCAGGGUAUCGGUCGCCGCUUCGCGAUCAUGAUCUGCAAGAAGGCCGAAGUGGACAUCCACAAGCGCGCCGGCGAGCUCACGAACGAUGAGAUCGAACGCCUCGUGGCCAUCAUCCAGAACCCGAUGCAGUUCAAGAUCCCCGCGUGGUUCCUCAACCGGAAGAAGGACUUCAAGACGGGCAAGUCGUCGCAGUUGGUGGCCAACGUCUUGCACACCAAGUUGCGUGACGACCUCGAGCGCCUCAAGAAGGUCCGCAUCCAUCGUGGUCUCCGCCACUGGUGGGGCCUCCGCGUCCGUGGCCAGCACACGUGUACCACGGGCCGCCGCGGCCGCACGACCGUCGGUCUCCUCGCCGACAAGGGCAAGAAGUAAAUUGGCGACUAAUUUACGACUCUUACGAGCUGUGGUGCCCAAGGCCAUCUCCCUGGUCCUGGGCGCUGCCUGCCUCGCGUUUUGACUGUUGGGCGAUAACAAAACUUGGCGUUAAAACAAUACAACGUACUGCUUUAACCCACUCGACUGCCUCCUCAUCUAGGUCUGCCCGCCGUAUCCAACUGCACACGCCCGCCUGCUACCGACGCAGGAUGGCAAGCCAACGAGAGCACUCGUUAGAUACUCGUCACUGGAGUGAUCGACGAUUUAGCGUCAAAGCGUCGUCCUGAAGACAACUUGUCCAUCACAAAAUGGUGUCUUCGGGCGCCUUCGCCGUCGUGGCUUGGUUCGCCGCCGCAAGCACCAGUCCCAUACGCCGCAGCAGCACCUCGUACCUGGCUGCAGCACCUCUACCUCGUCGCCGCAGCAGUGCUGCAAGUGGAGCAUCGAGCGGCCUCGGCAGUCCGCUCAGCGCUUAUCCCGACCGACCUUGCCAUGCCAGCGACUUGCGAUCUCGGAGCAGACGUCGGGCGUAAUAAAAUAAGAUGUCCGUG